UCCCCCGCCAGACGAGAGGGCGGAGCCGGGAUUAGAACCCGGGUCCUUCCGACUCCCAGGCCCGGGCUCUAGCCACCGGACCGCGCUGCGCCGAGCCGGGCCCUGCCCGUUCUACGGUAUCGCGUCCAAGACGGGAAAGGUCUCAGAGCCGGGACGCGGCGUCUCUCCGGCGUUUGAGUCGGGGAAUCCCGACGGGGAGAAGACAGGAUCCUUUCGGACGCCGCCGACCUCCGUCGUCGGUCCCGGCGUCCGCCGGACCCGCGAGUCGAACGCCAGACUCGGCCCGAGCGGGGGGCCGUCCGAGCGGAGAGCGGAGCCCGCAUGGCCGGGGGCCGGCCCUCCGCCCGCCGCCCGGCCCGCCGCCCGGCCACGGCAGAGACCAGGUAGCCGCGGGAGCGGGCCGGGCCGGGCCGGCGGCCCUCCAUGGAGGCGAGGUACAAAGAUGACCUGUUCCGGAAGUACGUGCAGUUCCACGAGGCGCGGGCGGACGGCGCCGACCCCGGGGGCCGGCGGCGGGGGGCCUCGGGCGACGAGGGCCUGCGCGGGGCGGCCUCGGCCCUGCUGAGCCUGCAGCAGGUGGAGCCGCCGGCCCGCUUCCGCCUGCUCCAGUUCUACGAGGUGGCCGAGGGCUCCCUGCGCGGGCUGCGCUCGUCCAACCUGCGGGCCCUGCGCGGGGCCUUCGGCCUGCUCGAGACCCUCGGGAUCAACCUCUUCCUCUACCCCUGGAAGAAAGAGUUCAGGAGCAUCAAGACCUACACGGGGCCUUUCGUCUAUCACAUCAAGUCGACGCUGCCGGAGGAGGCGGUCCGGGGGAUCCUCAGCUCCCUGGGCUACGUGCCGGAGCUGGGCACGGCCUACAGGCUCAGAGACCUGGUGGAGACGCUCCGCGUGCAGAUGGUGUCCUUCGAGCUCUUCCUGGCCAAGGUGGAGUGCGAGCAGCUGCUGGAGAUCCACUCGCAAGUGAAGGAGAAGGGCUACUCGGAGCUGGACGUGGUGGCCGAGCGCAAGCGCAGCAAGGAGGACGUGCGGGGCUGCUCGGACGCCAUGCGCAGGCGGGCGGAGGGCCGGGAGACCCCCUCGGCCGCCUCCGCGGCCCGGGUGGUCCUGCAGAAGUCGGCCAGCGAGCGGGCGGCCAAGGACUACUUCAAGCCCAGGGUGGGCAAGGCCUCCAAGUCCGUGGACGCCUACGACGGCGGCCCCUGGGAGGCCAGGAAGGCUCCCCCGCCCGGCUGGCCGGGCCCGCGCGAGGAGCCCGCGCCCGCCGGGGACCCCGAGGCCCAGCCGGGCCGCCCGCCGCCCUCGCUGGCGGCCGGGCCGGGGCGCCCCGACGAGCCGGCCCCCGCUCCCUGCCGGCCCGGCCCGCCCCCGCCCGAGGAGCCGGACCUGUACACGGCCCCGGACCCGCGGGGGGCCCCCGGCUUCCGCAGGCAGGACGCCCUCAAGCCGGACAUCUGGCUGCCGGCGAACGAGCCCGGCCCCGUCUACCGCCCCAAGCGGGGCCCGGCCGCGUGCCAGGCCUGCGGCCUGCCCGGCCCCGGCCCCUGCCCGCGCUGCGACGGCGCGGCCCUCAAGGCCAACGGCGGGGCCGGCCGGCCGCGCCCCGCCCCCCGGGACAAGCCCCCGCCGGCUCCGGGCCCGGCCAGGCCGAGGCCCGUCGGCUCCUCCUCCCGCUGCAGCUUCUGCAACCGGCCCGGGGCCGCCAACACCUGCACCUUCUGCUCCAAGGUGUCCUGCGACGCCUGCCUCGGCGCUUACCACUACGACCCGUGCUGCCGCAAGAGCGCCCUGCACAGGUUCCUGCCCAGCCACCAGCUCGGCGCCAAGUCCGUCCAGCUCUCCCACCUGGUGUACAGAUAGCCGGGCGUCCGCACCCCGCCUCCGCCGGGACCGCGGGGGGCCGAGGCGUCGCCCCGGCGCGGGAGCCGGCCCCCGGGCCUGCCGCCGGGCCGUCGGGCGGGAGACCGGGCGCCCUUCCCCGGAGGGGACGCGGGGCUCCUCCUCUCCUACGGCUGGCGGGGAGGAAGAGAGAGAGACAGAGAGAGAGAGAGAGCGGUCUUCCCGGCCGGGUCAAUCUUCCACUCCUGGGGGUCAGCGGGCUUCCUGGCGGCCCCCGAGCCGGGAGACCCUUCUCCCGGUGUGCCGGACUACUUCCAACGGCUCGUCGGUCCCCCGCCCCGCACCCCGACCCCUCCCAAGGGCUGACAUCGAAGCACUUCUUGUCCCGGGAUCCCCCGGACCUCCCCUCCUCACGCCCCGCCUCAGGCCGGAGGACCCCUCCGGACGUCUUCUCCCGCGGGCCCGCCGGGUUUUCCGGUCGAAAAACCGAACGGAGGGAGCACUGGCCGUACUCCGUCACGUCGCCGACGACCCCCCGAGCGUCGUCCGGCACGCUGUCGGCGCGCUCCUCCCCGCCGCCCCCGGAACGCCGCCGUCUUCCCGCCGCCCGACCCGACCGGGAAGGACCCGGCGGACUUCGUUUCCGUUGCGCACCUACCGAAUCCUCCUCUCCUUUCUACUGUAAAUAGGCGGUUGGAAAAGUUUUAUUUUUUAAUAAAUAUAUUAAACCUGUCGUGCGCUGAAAAGUGGUGAGAUCGUCGUGUAGCUUCCGUCCAGCGUCCCCGAGGGAUCCGCCCUCCUGGCUGGAGGGGCUUCGGUGGGCUGCGGCCGGUCCCCGGCCACGGCGACUUCUGCACCGCAGCGGAGAGGGGCGGAAAGCUGCAGAGGAGAAACUCUCCUCCUCCUCCUCCUCCUCCUCCUCCUCCUCUUCCUCCUCCUCGAAGGAGAGAGCGGUCUCCCCGAUACGUGUCUGCCUACCUCCCUUCCGCACUCCCGGGGGCUGCCGCGGGCCCAAAGGUGAGCGUCGACCCGCCAGAGGCCGGCUUCACGCGGUAAAAUAUCCCAGGCUCCCUCUCCUCCUCCUUUCCGUGGCCGGCCCUCCCCCUCCGAGGCCUGGGAGCCCCGGGCCGAGCCUCUCCGUCCGACUCCGGAGAAAUGGGGACGCCUCCCCGAUUCCCUCGACUCCCCGCGCGAAGCCUCGGGCUUCAGCCGGGGACCCUCGACCCCCGUUGGCGCCGAGAACCGUCCGGGCUCCGGAGGCGGAAGACCCGGGGUCCGCCGAGCCUCACGGAAGCCGUCCGGCUGGCUCGGCCCGCCGUCUUCUCUCUCGGGGCGGGGGCCCGCCGCUCCGUCCCGUUGGCUCUGGGGAGUAAGAGGGCGAGGGACCGAGGGGGAUCCGCCACCAGAGAUGGCCUUUUGUGAAUCGGCGAAAAAGGUUUCAGCCGGGGGUUCGACGCUCUAAAGCCCUUCGGUCCAGAGCAGUCGGUGGACUUCCGGCUCCCCUCGAGGAGCCAAGCCGAAAGGAAGCGUCUGGCUGUCGGAGUCCAGAAAAAAGGGAAAACGAACUCCAGUGAACAAAACGUUACCUUGCUGAUUCUCAGAGCUUCCACGGCUCUGAGCUCGGUCGAGAUCUUUUAAGGUUUUUUUUUUCUUACCGUGUUUUUUAAUCUCUGUCUCUCUAAGUAUGUACACGUAUAGCCGCCAGAUCACUCUGUAGAUGUACGAGGUGUGUAUACGGCCGAAUUUAAAAGGGAUUUUAGUACUCGAACCGACUGGAGCCGUGGUUUCCGUUUCUCGUGAGUUUCUCCCCCGGACCCUUUCUCCGAACCGCCCCGCGUGCUCUGCUUCUAAGACGAGCUCUCCCCGUCCCCUUAUCGCUACCCGCCGCCCCACCCACGGCCAACGAAUUAACGGACCGUGACGCCACGUAACGCGGACGGUGGACGGAGCAGGGAACGACUACAUCUUUUUCGCCUUGAAAGGGAAAAGUCCCGUGUACAUAUUGUCCUGGAAAUACGAUCAUUCUGAACUGUGUGGAAUUGCAAGUGUGCCUGUGGUUUUCUUAUUGAUGUCUAUCCUAUUGUAUGAGGUUGCUGUGAUUGAGAGAGUAAAUAUAUAUUAUGUACGUAUAUAUGCAUCAUAUACACGUAUAUAAUAUGCGCAUUGAAAAUGCAGGUGGUUCGCCUUUGAUUUUGACCAGUGAGCUGGCAUAUUUAUUGAAAGAUGAUUUUCAAAAUAAAGGAAGCGUCUUCCAUUCUGGUUAAAUGGCA